AUGAGGUCUCGAUUGUCCGUGAGACGCCCGCAUAAUUCACAGCAAGUGACGACUCGCAGAAAGAAUCUCGGAAAACUGGCCAAGUCAGCUCGCAGUCAAUUUCGCCGAUGGCAAUUGACUGCUGUCCUUCAAGAUCCACUUGUGGAAGAGCGUAAGAAGAUUUUGGCAGCCAUUGUAGAGAGCUCAUUCGAACUCAAGCAGUCUAAUAAUUCUGAGCGAUCACAAUCAACGAACGAUAAGAAGAAAAAGAAGAAGCAGCAACAACUGCAGAAGCAGCAGAAGCUCGAAGAAGCGAAACAAGCAAAGAAAGAGAAGAAGGAGAAAAAGUUGGAAAAGAAACAACAAUCCGCAGUUGCCGAUGAAGGUCAAAUCAAACAGGCGCACGUUGGCGAGGUGAACGCGGCAAAAAAAUCGGAGAAAACCAACAAUGCUAAUAACAAAAAGGCACACAAUAAGGAGGCUUCGGAGCCUCCAACGCCGACGAACACGCCAGCCGAGCCGGCCGAUGAGCAAGAGAACGAUAAGAAGAGUGUGCCUCCACAACCAAAUGGAUCGGUGAUUGUUGAAAAUCAUGUCGAAGAACAAGUGGUAGUUGAAUCGAAGGCGUCGAAGAAGAAUAAGAAAAACAAGAAGUCGAGCAACGAACCAGAAAAGGUGGAGGAAGUUAAACAGACGGCCACUGAAGAGACAGUUGAAAAGGUUGAUGAGAAGACAAACGAGGCUCCAAAUCAAGUUGAAGAGAAUACCGUGUCUGAACAAAAGGAGAAGACUCCAGAAGUUGCUUCAGAGGUGAAAGUAGUCGAAACACCUGUUGAAGAGGAAAAGACCGAGAGCAAUUCUGGAAAGAAAUCUGGAAAGAAGGGAAAGAAGGGUGGCGAGCAGAAGGUUGAAGCGAAAACUGAAGAAGUGGCCGUUGUUGACGAGAAAAUUGUUGAUGAGAAGCCACACGAACAGGAAUUGAAGUCGGAAAAGAAGUCUGGUAAGAAGGGCAAGGAGGAGAAGGUCGAAACGCCAACUCCAGCUCAAGAGGAUUUCGUCGAGCAACCAGUGGAACAAGUCAAAACCGAAGAGAAGCAAGAAGAUAGCAAAUCUGAAAAGAAAUCUGGAAAGAAGAACAAGAAGGGAUCGGAAGAGAUCGAGUCGAAGAGCAGUGAGAUCGUCAUUGAAAAGAACGCUGAUUUGGAGAAGCAAGCUGAGGAGAAAGCCCAGACUCAGGUUGACGAACCCGUUGUCGAAGAGAAGAAGUCUGGAAAGAAGAAUAAGAGAAACAAGAAGAACUCCGAAAAAGCAGCUGAUCAUGUUGAGGUUUCGCAGGCAGAGUCAAACCCGGCUGCCAAUAAGCCAACUGCCGAUUCAAUGGAUUUCCUCGACUUUGUCACCCCUAAAGAUAAUAAAUCAGAUAGCGCCGAAGAGAAAGUUGAAGAGAUCAAGAUCGCCGCUGAACCACCCGCAACUAAAAAGGCAACUGCUGAUGAUUCGAUGGACUUCCUUGAUUUUGUAACCGCAAAAGAUAAACGCGAAGAAGAUGCAAAUGAGGAGGUAAAGAUUACCGCAUCCUCGGAACCUGCAGCUGACAAUGCGGCAGAGGACUCUAUGGACUUCCUCGACUUUGUUACUCCAAAGAAAGACAAACAAGAGGGAGAUGCGGCGGCACAGGUUGUUGCAGCUACCAAGCAAAACAAGAACGACAAAUCGGCUGAUAUUGUUGAAGAGGUGAUUGAGAAGAAGAUUGUUGAGCCGCAAAACACCGGAAAAAAGAACAAGAAGGGGCAGAAUGCCGGGCCAGUUGAAGAAGCUGCUCCAACGACCAAUGGCAACAACUUGCCAACGGCUGAUAAGGAAAAUGUUGUAGUGACUGAGCAGAUAAUUAGUCAUGAGGCUGCACCUGAAGAGCAUCACACCGGCAAGAAUAAAAAGAAGAACAAGAAAAAUAGAAAUUCGAACUCGACAUCAAAGCAACAGAAUCAUCAUGACGCCCAAUUGGAGGAUGAUCUCGCCGACAAGGAAGUUGAAGCGAUCACUGGAGGAUCAAACUCGCCACCAAUUCAGGUGCACGAGGUCUCCAGCACCGAAGAACGUAACGGUUUUAAAACUACCGAACGAACAAUUACCAUCCAAACUCAACAGAUUUUGGAAGGAGACGACAAAUCGCCAACCAGAUUCCAGCAAAAUGUUGAAAAACUGUAUCAGGCAACACUUGCCAAACACGAUAUGGUUCAGAUUGAUCCAACCGCAAAGGUGCGCAUUGACGCGCAACUUAUCAAGUUGGCUGAGAAGAAACCUGCCGUGCUCAUGGAGCACAAGAACUUCAUCAAGCCACUUCCAAUGGAAUUGCACAUUUCCAGACCAUCGACGCCAAGCCGCGACAGAGUUUACAAACUGUUGCCGAAGGAUAUCAUGUUCUGCGCUGGAUUGAUUGACAGUCAUGGGGACAACUAUCAAGCGAUGGCCGAAGACACUCGCAACGUGUUCAAAGAGAGCGCUCGUUCCCUUCAGAGAAAGAUCCGCAUUUUCAAGGACUCUCCGCAUUUCAAGACAUACCUCCGCAGCAAGGAAGAAAACCGACCGAUCGAGGAGGUCAUCAACGAAGAACAACAACAACAACAUUAA